GCACCUCGCGCCCUACCGCGACACUCGAUCAAUAACCGUGAUAACCUACACUCUUCUGUUCUGAACCCUUCACAUGGACUGACCGAAGGUGCCGUCAGCUCGCACAGCCGCUGUCGCGCUCUUCACUGCAGUUUGUGAUGUGACUGAGUGUUGACAGUGGUUGUGAUAUAUUGCCGUCAAUGUUGGUGAGGUGAUAGUGUUGCCACUAUGACGUCAUUGAAGCACGGUGUCAAUUUGAGCCGACGCGCCUGCAGGCGAUCUCUCGUGUGGGGCGCGCUUGCCGCUGCCCUCCUGUCCAACAUACAAUGCAAUCCUGUCGAAAGCACCACGAAACAAAGUCCGUCCAUAACAGUCGAUGGGAUUUCCACAUACCCCGGCCUGGGGUUCGGGCCCAUGGGUCCCGUGGCGCCGUUGCCUGGAGAACCACCAGGCACUCAACUCCGCCAACACCAGGAUACUACCACUAAUUUACCAAGUACAGAAACACCAGAGAAGAAGGUGAAGAAAUUAGUCAUUGCAGCCUUUGAAUUUCAUCGGGUUGAAACGCCUUUCUUAAUAGGAUUAUGGAUUUUCUUCGCUAGCAUAGCAAAAAUAGGAUUUCACAUGGCGCCGAAAUUGUCCAAAAUGUUUCCCGAGUCUUGUCUUCUAAUAUUUGUGGGGGUCCUCAUAGGGGCUCUGCUAUUAAGUACGCAUAGUGUACAUGUGCAGCCAUUGACGCCAGAUACUUUCUUUUUAUACAUGCUGCCACCUAUCAUCCUAGACGCCGGCUACUUUAUGCCAAAUAGAUUGUUUUUUGAUCACCUUGGAACAAUUCUCUUAUUUGCGGUGGUCGGGACUGUGUUCAACACCCUGACUAUUGGGGCGUCCCUCUGGGCUUGUGGUCAGACCGGAAUGUUUGGGUGCACCACCCCUCUUUUAGACAUGCUCUUAUUCGCUGCCCUAAUAUCUGCAGUGGACCCAGUAGCGGUGCUAGCCGUUUUUGAAGAAAUCCAUGUAGAUGAAGUACUGUACAUAGUAGUAUUUGGCGAAUCGUUAUUAAAUGAUGCUGUUACAGUUGUUUUGUAUCAUAUGUUUGAAGCGUAUACAGAAAUGGGACCAUCGCGUCUUGAAUACACAGACUUUCUAGCUGGCCUCGCAUCAUUCCUUGUUGUGGCUGUUGGCGGCACGUGCAUUGGAGUCGUUUGGGGCUUCGCCACAGGUCUUGUCACCCGUUUCACACACGAAGUCAGAGUAAUCGAGCCAAUCUUUAUAUUUGUCAUGGCUUACUUGGCGUAUCUAAAUGCUGAGAUGUUCCACAUGAGCGGAAUACUUGCCAUAACAUUUUGUGGUAUAACAAUGAAAAACUAUGUCGAAGCGAACAUAUCUCACAAAUCGCAUACCACUAUAAAAUACACUAUGAAAAUGCUGUCUUCGUCUUCCGAAACAAUCAUUUUCAUGUUCCUAGGUGUAGCUACUGUAAAUAAUAACCACGAUUGGAACACGUGGUUUGUUUUAUUAACCAUCGUAUUCUGCUCAAUAUUUCGAAUAAUAGGUGUGUACAUAUUUAGUGCCAUAGCUAACAAGUUCCGUUUGCAUAAAUUGAAUAGAGUGGAAAAGUUCGUUAUGUCUUACGGAGGUCUUCGAGGAGCAGUAGCUUUCGCUCUAGUUCUACUAAUAGAUCCUGAGGUUGUAGAACUACAACCAAUGUUUGUGACUACAACUAUAGCAGUGAUAUAUUUCACCGUGUUCAUACAAGGCAUCACCAUUAAGCCUCUAGUUAAAAUACUUAAUGUUAAAACUGCAGAGAAGAGAAAGCCUACAAUGAACGAACGAAUUCAUGAACGGUUCAUGGACCAUCUAAUGGCUGGUAUUGAAGACAUUCUUGGAAAACAUGGCAACCACCAUAUGAGGGACAAGUUCAAAAGAUUUGAUAAUCGUUUUAUAAGGCCGUUCUUACUUAGAAAUUAUCAGGGUGCAGAACCUAAGAUUUUAGAAACUUACUCAAAGUUGGCAAUGAAAGAUGCCAUAGAAUACAUGCAGAGAAAUGCAUCUACCAUAGGAAAUAUAUCUGGAGCCGAAUCAAUGUCAGCUAUAUUCAAAAACUAUACAAAUGCCAACUUUAAUGGAAGUCCGAGCUUCAGUCAAUUGGAUUCGUCAACGUGGAACAUAGAUAUGCAGGAACUGGAAUACAAUCCGUCGAAAAAAGACCUGACUGACGCCAAGAUACAUCACCUUCUUGCCGAAGAACUUUGCAAGCCAUUUAGACGCCAUCGUCGCCUGAGCUACAGUCGUCAUGCGGUAAACGAUCGCGACCUCGGCACGCAAGUCAAUUACAAGACCCAUAUGAAUAUACGGCGACGGGUUGGUGAUAGGAAACAUCAUCACAAACGUAGUAAACGUGGAAAGCAGGAUGGAAAAAAUCAUGUGACUUUCCCUGAAUUCCAGCAAAACGGUUCGGCUAAACAGUUCACGCACGGUAAAAUAAAGUAUUAUAGAUUAGACUAUAUAGACGAGGUACUUCAAGAAGAGGGAGACGAGCGCGAGGUGGGACAACGUCGCGAAGGUGACGACGGCGGUAUUACAUUCACUGCCAAAUCCCCGCCUGGAUACAAAGAAGUCAGUCCGACGUCCUCGCAUAAAGAAAAUAGUAGUUCACUUUUAAAUCAACUGGCUAACCUGCCCGGAUUCAAUCCCUUGAAAGCGAGGAUUGUUAAGCAGUACGCUAAAACACCCGAAGAGAUCCUCCCGACAGCUGUUGAGAAAUCCUUACCGUGGAGAAGGGACAGAUCCACGUAUAACUUUGUUCCUAACGAGGAUAUUUUAGAAGAGGACGAAAGAAGACUGUCCGAUGAUAAUGACACCUACAUGAUAGUAGCUGAGCACGCUCGCGUAGCCACCCCAACGGCAACGGAGACUAUGCUGCCAUGGAAACGAGAGGAAAUGGAGGGGUCCGGCUGCGGGGCCCUAAAACAAUCAGAGUUCCCUGCAUGGGCCUCGAACAAAGAGUACUUAGCGUAUAGCUCCCCUUCGGCUACGUUUUUAGGAGGCAUAGAGAAGCCAAAACAUCCAAAAUCUAUCAUAGGUCUCUUCCGAAGAGAGAGCUCUAGUUCUACACAAGGUGCAGCGGAGAGUGUGGUUCUAUCAGACUCAGAAGCAAAUAGAGAUAGUUGGAAUAAGGGAGAGGGGACAUCAAAAGAUACGGGAGCCAGACAAGGGCCAAGUUUGUUGUCCAAGAGGAGCACGAGCCUGGGAGGCCCGUCAGUAUUAUUGAUGGAGGAUGUAGCGCAUUCAGAUCCCCUUGGUGCGUCAAGCAGACCAGCCAGCAUCAUGCAGGGACCACACAGAGGACAAUGUAGAAGAGGAUCAAUGUUAGAGUUAACUGGGUCAUUAUCUCGUGAUGCUAUCACAGAAGAAAAAUGCAGCAAAUCACUGCCAGAAAGUGAGCGAAUGGGCGUGAGACGGCUACCUCUCGGACAACAGAGUCUACCGAGAGAGCCAUUUAUCCGGCAGCUAACAAUGGCAUCCACGCUGAACACCAGCUCUUCGUCUGACGACUCCUCAGACGAGAACACCUGAGUGCCCCGCCGUGGUGACCCUGAUAGGUUGCCACUGUUGAAGUACAGGACGCUAGAGUAACGUUCUAAAGCGGAAAGUGAUAUUAUAAAUGUCUAAAAACACACAAACUUCUUAAAAAGUGCUGUGAAUCUGUGGUGUAUUAAAUAAGUAAAAUGAAUAUAGAAUUUAAAAAAAGUGUUAAUUAAUCACCUGUAACGAAAUUUAUUGAAAUCUAUUAUAACAUUACGCGAAAUACAUUUACUAGAUGACUUUGCCAAAGACUUUAAAGGCUUUCAUCAAAUUGGUUCAAUGUGAUAGAUAAACAUAGUAUUGAGGUUUUGACUAUUGUUACCGUUCUACCAUCUACCACCUACUUAUAAUGAUAAGACACUUAAAUAAGAUGCGUCAACAUUGUCAAUAAUCAUGAUACGCACACAUAAAGCAAGAUAAAUAUCGUGCGGAUACUUUAGGAUACAAAUCUUUGUAAAUGUAAAGAUGCUUGCCAGAUUUGUCUGAGGCUUUCGAGUUAUUUAGGUAGCCGUAAUUAUACAUAAUACAUUGUAAGGUGUAAAUACGACACGUUGCGAUGAAAUGCAUCAUGCAACGACUGGUAGGCGUAAGCGUUUAAAAAAACAAACUUUCCUAUCUAAUAUCAGUCUUAUCUUUUUUGUUUAUAUCUAAUUAAUAUAGCAUCAAUUCUAAAGCUCUUUUAAUGUAGGUACGAGUAACGGAAAUGUAGCUGGUAAUCAAGAAUUAUAAUAUUGCUUUAACUACUUGAAUGAUCGAAACCAAUUUUUAUAGUUGUUUGAAGUGUAUUUUUGUAUGCUCUUUGUAAAAUAUCAUGUAAUUACAUCCAACACUGUGUGUAAUGUAAAUCGUAUUACAAUACCUAAUUAUAUUUAUGAAACGAUAUUAAUGAUUUCAUGGCACUUGUUGCCAAUGACAAUACCUACCAGUAGUUUAUGGGAGUCAUGAAAGUAAGUUUAAUUGAAAUGUGAUUUGUAGAUGUAGAUAAUUGUGUUUGUUAAGUAAUAGAUAUUAUAACUUAUGUGUUUUGGAGGCCAUUUUGAAUUAGAUGUAGAGAAGCUACCGUGAAAGAUAACCAAUAGGUACACGAGUUAUUUUUAUAUCCCAACGUAAUAAUGCCGUAGGUUCCCUGGAAAAUUAGAUAGUUAAAUGAAAUAAUAUUCCGUGUAAGCUUGUUCCGGUCAUAUACCAAAGUAGAUAGUUAAAUUAUAGAUUCGUUACAUAACGCUUUCAAAUAAAAUAACAAUCAUGACGAUGCCAUCAAGUCUAUCGAUCAGAUUUUAAUAAAAGUAGGGAGCUUUUAGAUAUAGUUCCAACAAUCUAAUUUUAAAUCAUUAGUGAAGAUAUUAUUUUCAGAUGUUGUAUCUAUCUAUCGAUAAAUAAUGAGUUUAUGGCUAUGUCACGUUGGAAACAAGAACAGGGUAGAAAACAGAAAACUUAACAGCAUUUUUUAAAAACUAUGUAUCGAUUUAUUAUUUCGGUGAUUCACUGAUGCAUGCCUAUAGUAUCGUUUAUUGUAUUUAAUGAUGUCAUUGGCAAUACGACGUCAUUUUAGUCAAACUGUAUAAAAGAUAUUGUAUCUACAGAACCAUCUGCGCAAAAAUGUUGACAUUGUUAUUAGAUUAUUAGAAGUUGGGAGGUUUGUACCUACCUACUUAUAUAACUUUGUUUAUGAAGAAUAGACUAAUUUAGAACAAUAAUAGAUGUAGUAAUAUAGAAAGUGUAUCAUAAUAACGAAUGUAAAUAAUAAAAAAUAAUGUUUGUUAAAAAUUUUAUUGAAAAAUAACAAGAUAAUGGGAUGAUAUUCAAAAUUUUAAUAUAAAUUAAAUGGCAAAUGACCUUAUGUACUACUCCAUAAAUAAUUAAAAAAAGACAAGUGACAAUUGAAGAUAGCCUACUAACUCAAUUUCAGACCUCUCUAUUUUGACCCCUGUACAAUUAACUUGGACUAGCGUUCAUUGACCUAUCGAUUGUUGAUGAUUUGGAGAAUUUCACCAAAAAUAUUGUCAGGUGGUCCAUCGAAGAUUUUUAUGUGCAAUUCAUUGAUCACUAGAACUAUUGUCCUAACUUAGACUUUUAUCCCAAAACUACUUAAUAUUAUGAAUUGUCGUUGUAAGAAGUAUACCUACUCGUACAAAUAACUCAUUACGUGCCUACUUCGUAUUAUUUCAGUGCUAUUUCUUCUAAUGAAUAAUAUAAUCAAUCAAAUAGGUAAUUCGUAAUUCCAAGAGCUUGCUGGGUAUAUUAUACCUGCCCAUAGCAAUUACAUAUGACAUGAAUUUUCUUUACCUAUACCUAUUAAAACUUUCGUGAGACAUACUUAGGUACUUAAUUAAUUAUUAUGUUGUCAGUUUACUGACGGAACUGUUUCACGAGAAACUCGACUAAUUUCAAGCCAUGAAUGCUGCUCAUAUUCAUGAGCCUCCAGCAUGGCUU